AUUUUGAUUUCAAUUUCCCAUACUUCCUUUCCCCCUUUUGUUUGUUUGUUGAUUUUUCUAUUUUUCCAACAUCGAUCUUCACAAGUUUUUUCGCAUUCUCAACUUCAAAUCUUUCUCUUUCGCCAACACAUUUCAUAUCACAACAAACCAAAAUCAGGAACAUAAUUAAUUUCUAAUUUCUCUCUUAAUUUCUUUUAAUUAUAUAUAAAUUUGUAUCCAUUCCAUUUCAUUACAUUUCGGUGUUGUUGAUUCGAUAUUAAUCUCUUGAUCGUUGCAACUUCGACCACCCCCACCACGGCGAUCACAAUUCCACUGCAAAGAUUAUGCUGAUGGACCCUAAUUUCUCGUCGGCGAAGCCACCCCAUCCGGUGGCCAUGGACAUCGAACAUAUGCCGGAAAAUCCUCAUCGUGCUUCCCACCACCGCCGCUCCCACUCCGAUACUUCCUUCCGCUUCCCAAACCUUGAUGAACUUCUCUUCUUCGACCCUUCCGAGCUCGACCUCUCCAUGCUCUCUUCCCCUUCUUCUCCCCCUACUGCCGCCACUGUCAUGGCCGUUGAUUCCUCUGAUGCCAAGUUUUCUGAUGACGCCGUUCGCCCUAAGCCCGAGCCGAUUGCAUCUGGACCUUUCGGUGGUCACUUACGGAGCUUGUCUAUGGACUCUGAUUUCUUCAAGAAUUUGGACCUUGGUGGUGAUACUGGGGAAAUCGAUUCUUUGGGGAAGAAGACUCCGGUGAGUGAACAACGGCCAGUUCGUCAUCGACAUAGCUUAUCCAUGGAUGGUUCGUCGUCGUCGUUUGAGGCUGAUUCAACCCUAGUGAUUGAUGGAGUGAAGAAGGCAAUGGACCCGGAGAGACUUGCGGAGCUUGCUCUAAUUGACCCGAAAAGAGCUAAAAGGAUUCUUGCGAACAGACAAUCUGCGGCUCGUUCGAAAGAGAGGAAGAUACGAUACACGAAUGAACUGGAGAGAAAGGUUCAGACUCUGCAGUCCGAAGCUACCACUCUGUCUGCGCAGGUGACGAUUCUACAGAGAGAUACUAGUGGAUUAACUGUGGAAAAUAAGGAACUCAAACUUCGGUUACAGGCUAUGGAGCAACAAGCACAACUUCGAGAUGCUCUGAGUGAAGCUUUGAAGGAAGAAGUUCAACGACUUAGAAUAGCCGCUGGCCAGGUUGCAUCGAUCAAUGGAAAUCCUUUCAACCGACCUCUGCAAUAUCCUUCAUCCCGACCACCUGUACACCAUUUUAGUAGCUCCCAUGCUCAGCAGGGUCAACAGCAGCCACCACCCAUGUUGGCUACCAACCAGCAGCAAUCAGACCCAAAAUGGACAAACUCCUCUCUGCUUCUAAGUCGAAGUCCUGAUGGCCAAGCAAAACCUUAGAAGAUGUCUGUACAUAUAAAUAUUAUCUAGCAAGCGAGGGUAAUGGUCUUUUACAAUCAUUUUCUUGUACAUUAUUCUUAUAUAUAUAUAUAUCUUAUAUGCAUAUUAGAAGUUUGUCAUCUGUCAGCUGUUACGGAUGUUGUUCAAUAAAAUAACUUCGAGGUAUAAUUGGAUGAUCAUGGUAAUUGUCUUUUGAUACACAAAGGUAGCAUCUUCAUAUGAUUGUACGCAGCCAGUUCACCUUUGCCCCUUUUGUUAUGGCAUUUUGUACUCAAGUGUAAUGUUGAUAUUUCGGUUUGAAGAGUAUACUUAUUGGCUGCUCGUUGUUUAA